AUAGAUUAAUAAAUAAAAAAAAUAAAAAACAUAAAACAUAAAACCUCACUCUCACUCCUCUCUCUACAAUUUAUUCAUCUCAAAGCAAACCAAACCUCAAACCUAAGGGUUUCGCUUUCAUUUCGCACUCCAAAUUCAUCUCUUUAUACUUUAAAUCACUUCAAGAUUUUUGUAAAUCUGGCCUCAUUUCUGUUUCUUCUUUACAAAUAUAGUCUUUUUUUCAUCAUCCGUGGUAAUUAAAAUUCUGGGUUUUUCUCAUCUGAGCUUUUCGAAUUUGGGAAAAAGACUUUUAGUUAUUCUCCUUCAUGGAGAAAAGUAACAUAGCAGUGGAAGAAAAUUCUCACACAAGUGAUAUCGGUACUCCUGUGUCUAAAUCCUUGGGAUCGCUCAUACAAAUUGAUUCAAUAUCUAUAGACCUUGAUAUUCCUAUGCCGAAGAAAGAGGAAGGAAACUGUCAACAUUUUUCAAUACGUGGAUAUGUUGCCGAGAUGAGAAAAAAGGACCGGAAAAUUUGUUUACCUUUUACAUCAAUCAGUGACGACCGCAGUAUUUCUGAGGAGCAACUUCCUCCUCUUGAUGUUCCGAAAUCUAGGUGGUGGCGAUGCAAAAAUUGCAUUCACGAGAUUGGCACAGAAUGUGCAGGAGAAGAGAUUGAGAUCCUUUCUCCAAGCUGCAGAAGUAGAUUGAUCUCUACAAACAUGGCUUCUACUAGUGCUACGACAAAUGCAUUGUCAGAGAUGAAGCAUGAGUCAACUUCACGAAAAGGUGACAGAAACAAAGCUGUUAUCGAUGAUUCUUCCAAUACCAGUGGCUAUGAUGACUUCUUAUGUAAUCUUUACAAAGGAAGGUGCACUUUAGUUGAAGAAAAAACUGUCACAGCUGGCAACAGAACUUGUUCAGGAAGUGUUAGAAAUGAGGAGAUCAGAUAUCCAACUAUUGAGGUAGCAAAAUCUAAACACUGCUCAAGCCAAGAAAUAGAUAGAAAGAGCCCUGCUGCUAAUCUGUCAAACUCUGACUCAACUCUGUCAGGGGGUAAAAUUGUUCCUCAUGGAAAUCUCUACAUAAGUGCUGAUGAUGUAAGUGCUGAUAUUGGUGCAGAGACGACAGCAAGGGGUUCUCCAAAUGAUAAGGCUCUUGAAACCAGUAAAACGAAACUGAGUAGGUUACCUUCCAUUGAAUUGACAGACCACAAUGAAACAUCUUCAGGAAGUGACACAAUUUUGUCUAAAAAUAGACAGUCUGGUUUGCACAAUGAUAUUCCAAAUGAUGUACCACGUCGGAAAACUCGAAAGGUGCGUCUGUUGACUGAUAUAUUGGGUGGACAAGUCAAUUUGGAGACUAGUCAUGCCAAAGCAGAUCGUAAUUCAUUGAGUCAUGCCAAAGCAGAUCGUAAUUCAUCGAGUACCACGACCGUGGUGCCUUCUGAGUCAGAACCAGUUGGUAUUCCUAAGGAUAAGAGAUACUGUCAGAAGAAGAGGAAGAUGUCUCAAGAAGUUGACAGCAAUCUGUCGGAGAUGGGCAUACAAUGUAAUGUUGCUAAAAGGGUCAGGUCAUUUAAUGGAGGAGCUGAGAGGAGUUCCAUGGUAAUUGAAAUUGCUGAUUCACGUUCAGAUGAGAAGGAAUCUGAAGAAGAAGGUAGACCGAAUGGUACCAAAGGUCUGCGGAUUAAGCAUAGAAAUGGAGUAAAUAAAAAGAGAAAUAAGCAGCUUCGACCUGAAAUGCCCUGGCAGGAUACAACCAUGGAAAAUAGUGGUUCAAAGGGAUAUGGUGCUGUUAAUAUGCAAUAUUCUUCCAUGAGUGAAAAAUUUGAACCUCAUUUAAGUAGUUAUCAGUCAUUGGUAGGAAAAGAUAGAGAUUCUGAUUUGUGUUGGAAGAGUAGUAAGUUUCCUGAAGUUGGACGUGUUCCCUCAACUCUUAUGCAUCCAGACAAUAAUUUCCCGGGAGAAAGUUCGACCAGGAGGAAGAAUCUCCUACCAGUGACCACUGAUAUAGAAAUGGUGACUUUUCAGCCAGCACAUGAAUUAUCUCCUAAAGUAAGACUGGACCUGUCUUUGAACAGCUUCAGAGAUUCUGACAAACAUGCUGAGAAUGAUAUGACAAACUGGCCAUUCAAUCUGCAGAAGGGCAAUACGAGUAGCGAUCCUCAAAGGAAAGAUAAUACUCUUGUCAGACAGUCAAAUGUGCCUGAAUCAAGUCAUUCUUCAAGGAAAGGAGUGAUUUAUGACCUCAACCAGGGAGUUCCGCACACAUCAUCAAUGUGGCAAGAUAUCCAAAACUCUCCAAUUCUGCUUCAGAAGGGGAACCUUCACAUUCCUGAGACAAUGGAAAUGCCUCACCGGCAUAACAAAGAAAAUCUUAAUGAUUUUCUAGAGCAUUCAGAUGUAAUUAAGCAUCAUAAAUAUCAACACUCUGAGAAAACUUUAGAACGAGGGUUGUCAGAUGAUAUACCAAUGGAAAUUGUGGAGCUAAUGGCUAAGAACCAGUAUGAGAGAGGUCUUACUGAUACCCGAACCAAAUCCAUGAUCGAAAGGACUGAUAGCUUUGCAAGGCCAUAUACUGAAAUACAUGAGAGUGAAGCAGUGACGUGGUCACGUCCUGGGGUAACUAGUUUCCGUCCAGGUAAUGCGAAUUUGAAGACUGACAUUGGAACAAGCAGAGGAAGUUCUCUCCAAAACUCUCAUGUUAAGAGGAACUACCUGGGGAUGGAAAGACCGCCGACCAAACUCUUUGGUACUUUUCCACAAACUCAGCAGAAAUUUUCCAGUGGAGGGCAAGGUUCUCCUUCUGUGCACAUCAGACCCGGUUUGCAGCGUGGUGAAGAAGCAAAACCUGUAUGGUUUCCACCUGGGCAGAACAUGCCAUUGGGACUUGGAAUUCCGCAGAAAUCCAUCCGUCAGCCAAAUGAUAAAAUGAUUCAGAAAGGGAGGACAAUAAGUGACAUAAAGUGUGGCGACGUGAGAAUGCAGAAUGAACCUCAUCUUUUUUUCCAAAAAUCAGGCAAUGCCGAUUUGAACGUGAAAGGCACGGGGUCUUUAGAUCCUUAUUGUAAUGAGACAAUCCCAGCUAUGCAGUUACUCAGCCUUAUGGACCGAAGGAUGCCAUCAAAUCCUCCUUUCAAUCUUGAUGCAAACAAGCUCCUUGAGAAACCCUUUUCGCCAUGCAGCUAUCACCCGAGGUUUCAUAUGGAUGGAAAGCAGAGUAUUCUCAAUGGGUCAUAUUUAUCACAUCAGCACUUGAAGGAGUCCCCCGGGGUACACCCUGGUGGUUAUUAUGCAGAUCAAAUAUCUUUCAAGUCUCGAGGACAAGAGAAAUCAAGAAAAUCUUAUGCGCCUUCGCGAUCUGGCGGAAGCAAAUUGGAGAGAUUUGCGUCUUCAAGUGGCCUGCUAAGCAUGGUUCGAGAUUCUUGUCCUGAGAAGAACGAGCAAAACGGAACCCUAGGCACAUCAAGUUCUCGGGUGCUUCCACAGCAGGAUCGGAAUACUUCAAAAUUCUUUGACUUGGAGGGCUACAGCUCUGCCAGAGCUGUACCCAUCAAAAGCAAUUGUGAAAGUUAUAUUUGCAGCCUCAAUCGAAACCCUGCUGAAUUUAGCGUACCAGAAGAACGGAACCCCUUCACUAGGACCAUAAAGGAUCCAAGAAUCGGGAAGAAGAGCUCAUCAAGAGAGAGAUCUCAAACUGUUGAUUUGAAUAAGCGAAAGCAGCGGAGAAUUACAAAGGAAAGAGUCGGGAGGCCACCAGCAUAUACUAUUGGUUAAUGCUGGUUGGCUUCUCAGCAUCAUAAUUUCAUUUACUAUACAAGUUAAGAGUUUUCAGGGUAAAUUACUCUAUGAUAAUAAGAUAUGUAUCAAAAUGUUCAGAAAAUUUGAAUAGAGUUAUACUCUGUACACAAACUUUUGAAACUGAUUCGAGAAACCGGAGCCCUUGAUUCCGGAUCUUGAUCCAGCUUGCAGGCAUGGUGGUGAGUUCUGGAUAACUUGUGUGUCUAGUUGUUGUGCUUCUGUUGUGAAAAAGAAAAGCUUAAA